GUUGUGUUCCAUGAUAUCAUGUUUUAUUUGUGGUAGAGUCACUCUCUAUACUGGAAGGAGUCAAAGGAGAGUAGUAAUGCACAGCAAUUGUACUUCGUCAUACUCUGUUAAUACUGUAAAAUACAACCUGAAUCAUGUACAUUUGGCAUGUAUCUUGGCUCUCUUCUAUUUAGUGGUCAGAUAUUUUUAUAUAGUGAAAUGUACUGAUUGAAGAACAUGCAUUUAGGGGACAGCCGUAAUUCCGGAGACUGUAUGAUUGGAAGGGGGCCCAUAUGGCGCUUGUGACAGGUCGAACAACUGCGAUGCACAUAACGAGGUGACCCAGUCCAUAAUUGGAUACUAAGCCCAUGCUAUCCCGCACUGCGCCAUAAGUAGGCCAAUGGUCGGCAGCUAAAGCUCUAAACGGAAAAACAAUUUAACGCUGCAUGUCGUGUAUGGUCGUCGACCAAGAUUACGAAGGACGACCAUGCUUUGAGGGUAUGAGAUAUAGACUACAAACAUAUAGUGCACGAUGAAGCUCACAGGGAUGGAUGGCUGGAGUUUGGCAUGUUAAGCGUAUCAAAGCCAUAGACUAUAUGCGCCUCGGCCGAUGUGUAACACUGCAAAGGCUCUUUAUACUCAAACCAAAAAUGUGUUCCAG